AUGAUUAUUGACGGGGAAAAGUACGCCUGCGAGGCUUGUGUUCGGGGUCACCGUGUUAGCAAUUGCCAACACUCUGAUCGUCCUCUUCAGCACAUCAACAAAAAGGGUCGCCCUGUUUCCCAAUGCCAGCAUUGUCGCUCAAUGCGCAAGUCGCGGUCCGCCCACGUUAAGUGCGACUGUGGCGAGAAGACGAGCAAGUGCGCUCACUUGCAGCCCACCAUUGAGGGUCACCGUGAAACUUGUUGCUGCAAUCAUGGAGGCCGAUGUACCUGUAGUCACAAGAAGGAACCAGGCCUCGAUACCGUUCCCGAGUCCGAUUCUGACAAAGAUGCCAAUAUUCCUCGACCGAAGCCGCCAAUUCGCAGGCGCCGAGCAAACACUGUUCACUCGGACGGCAUGUUGACUUUCGAUGAGAACGGCCACCACAAACCCGCAUUCAAGCACAACAAAGCUUCUCAGAAGUGCGGGCCCUAUCAGCUGAAUCGCGUAAACUCGUUGCACAGCGCCAGUAGUCUGGGAAGCCACUCGCCCGAGCGCGCUGGUGAAAACACCCUCAAAGACUCGAUUUCAGGCCGAGCCGCGCCCGGUCACCAGCAGCGACUUGUCAAGUCUGAGGCUGCAUCUCCGUUAAUGAGAGGCUCAUCUAGCUUCCAGCAGCUCAACAACCAACUCCCGCCGCUGGACUUGUCUGCCAUCGAGUAUCCGACAUAUGUCCCGAACGGCUCUUUUGACCUGUUUGGAGGCUCUGGCCUGUCGUCUGAACACGAUGCGCCAAUCUUCAGCGCCGGGCUGAGUACAGCAUCGGUUGAUUGGAGUCACAUCGACCUUGCCGACAAGACUGACAAGUUUGCACCAUCCAGCUAUAGUCAAGCAGGCGCUCACAGUUUUAACGGCAUGUUCGACUUCGGCGCAGGCUCCGAGCCGGCACCCACGUUGGCGGCGACCACGUCGACAUCCGGCGAAGUGUCCGAGGUAGAAGACAACUUCAUCGCAGGUGACAGCGACUACGACGGAUUCGGAACCGGUAGUAACAGCUUCAUACACCCGGCAAGCUACUUAUCGACUGGGACGGACCUUAGCACCAUUGACUAUGACAGCUUUGUCAAGUCGUCAACAAACAAAUUCAUGACGGCACCGUCUUCUUUUGAUGAUGGGGGCCCCAUCGCUGGUGGCUCUCUCACGUUUGAUGAUGAUCCUGCCUUCUGGGGUCAGCACUUCAACGACGGCAUUGCAACAUACACGGAAUCACCCGAUGGCCUGCCGCAAUUCACACCCGACUCUUGGACAAUGCAAUAA